AUGCCUGCUCCAAAGGCUGCACCGGCGAGGCACCGCCUCACUUUGGCACAAUUGUCGGCCUACGAUGAUAUCUUGACAGAUGCACUGGUCGAUCAUGUCUACUACUGGACGACGGUCCCUAAGAAUCGCCCGUCAUACCACCCCUCGCGGGGUGUGUCGGAGGCCGUCAUUGCCAAGAUUAUCCAGGAAGAGGUGGUCCUGUGGAAAGACUUGGCGGCGGCGGAGGAGAAGCUACUUGCGACACAUGGGCUGAGGAGGUUCAUGAACUCCUUGAAGACAGACAGGGAGAAGGACGACUUUAAGCGACACCUGCGGCGCUACUUGCAGAUUUACCUGCCUGAUUGCCCUUGGGAGGUUAGCUCCACGAACCGAUAUACAAUUGUCUCGCACGAGGCGAGCAUCACGGCAAGGCGAUACAUUAAACGAAAUGAAUCAAUCAAGUAUCUGUCGGGCAUUCAGGUUGUCAUCACACCUGACGAAGAGAAUGAGAUUGCGGCACGCAAAAAGGAUUUCAGCAUGGUCGUCAGCUCGAGGAGUAAGAGCACAAGCCUGUUCAUGGGCCCCGCACGAUUUGCAAAUCACGACUGCGACGCGAAUGCCAAACUCAUGACGACAAGCAACGCUGGCAUCGAAAUCGUUGCCGUACGCCCUAUUGAAUCGGGCGAAGAGAUUACUGUGACGUAUGGGGAAAGCUACUUUGGCGAGGACAAUUGCGAGUGUCUGUGCGGCACAUGCGAGAAAAGACUCAGGAACGGUUGGGAGCCUGAGGAAGGCGCCGCGAUUGUCCAGACACGCGUGGAGGAUGACAGACGCGAGACGUAUGCCCUGCGGCGACGUCGAAGGGAGGACAGCGUUGGCGGGUCUCGAACUCCCUCCGUUACACCUGGAAUUCGGCCGCGAGUUCCAAGGACCAAGGCAAAGAGUUCGCGGCUCAGCAAUGCCCAUGAUUCGUCGACGGCCGUAUCGCCGGCUCCCCAGGAGCCAGGUGACGGAAAGCGAAAAGCUGAUGCCAUGGCAACGCCGCCCGUCACACCGGCAAAAAAGCUCAAGCGCACGAUUGAAAAGGUGGCCUACCUUGCAGCUUCAAGAGGGAGUUCUGUGAGUGAGAGUGCACUGUCAAGUAAUGAGGAGGCUAUUGAGACAGAUGUCACGUCGCCGGAGAAGGACACUCCUGAGCCCGUACCCGAGACGCCAAUGGGGGCACUAGCAACUCGAUCCAAGGGCAGCAGCCACAAAGCAGGAGGCGACACCGUGACAGCCAUGGCCCCCUUCUCUCCUGAAAGCAUACAGAGUCAGCAGUCACCGCAAUCGACCAAGGGGAGCGACACGAACGAGUCAUCGGCGGCAUUGAAAUCAGAAGUCAGCACCAUGUCAAUAUCGGCCAUUCUAAACGCACCAAGCAGCUCUGAAAAGGAAAUUUCGGCUCCUAUCUCGGUGAGCAUAGAAGCAGUUGAAUUAUGCCAAAUGGCGACAAAAGUCGAGCAAGACAUGCAGCCUCGACCAAGCCUCAGAAGACGCAGUUUUAGCAAUCAGGCUUCACCUCCAGCCAGGGUGCGCACGCCGGGCGAUUACGUCCUCACGCCGUUGCUUCUCUCUGAACCGGAAAUGGCGUGGAUUCAAUGCACAAUCUGCAACGAAUACUUUGUACAGCAAAAUGCUUACUAUACGCGGUCGGCUUGCCCUCGCUGCGAACGACACUCCAAGUUGUACGGAUACAUGUGGCCCAAGACUGAAAAGGCGGGGCCCUUGGAUAGAGAGGAGCGAAUCUUGGAUCACAGGAUUGUGCACAGAUUCUUGAACACAAACGACGAGCGCAAAGCUCGAGGCAGAAAGUGUUUGCCGGAGCGGGAGGAGUCGGAAGAGCCAAGUGAGCCAGAGAGGGGCCGCAGACUACUGCGUGCGCCGAUGAAGAAGAAGAAGAAGAAGAAGAAGAAGAAGAAGCCCGAGGACGAGGUUCAAGACUCGGUUAUUGUUAAAAUCAUGGAAGAUAGACUCGGCCGCAUUCUAGUCCCUGCCAGCGCGUCUGCGGCACUCGGCGCAGCACUGGGCAGGGAGUACACUCGCAACGGGCUGGCCUGGGGAGACGCCAUCCGGCUGAACCAGAUCCAGGUCGUCGGCACGCACAACAGCUACCACGUCGAGGCGCCGGACGAGGAGAAGACCUACAUGGCAGAGUGGACCAGCGAGGCCCAGGACCUGUUUUACGGCCAUGCCGCGCUGGAAGUGCAGCUCGGCGAACAGCACGUGCGGAACCUGGAACUGGACAUUGUGGCCGACAUCGACGGGGGCAACUACGCCAGGCCGCUUAUUCGGAUGGUCAACGAGGUGCCCUACAACACGGGGCCCGAGUUCCUGACCCGAUCGACCAAGGUCAUACACAUCCCCGACCUCGACAUCCACAGCGUCUGCACGACGCUCACGGCCUGCCUCGGGACCAUCAAGGCCUUCGUCGACGCCCGUCCGCGGACCGUGCCGAUCCCCGUCAUUAUCGAGUUCAAGGCGGCGGAGCCGCUGGCCGAAUCGCUGCAGGGCGCUCAGGUCAUCCCCUGGGAAAAUGGCACGCGGCUGGACGAGCUGGAUGCCGAGAUUCGCUCCGUCUUCGGGAGCAAGCAGCUCAUCACGCCGGAUGACAUUCGCCGUCCCGGCUUGACACUGGAGGAGUCUGUCCUGAAGCACGGCUGGCCGGAUCUGGACUCGGCGAGGGGGAGGGUCCUCUUCCUCAUGGACAACGGCCCGGACCAUCCUGUCAGCAACAAGUACACCGAGGGAAGGCCGAGCUUGCAGGGCAGAGUGUUGUUUACCAAUUCGGUUCCAGGGAGGGCCGACUGCGCCUUUCAAAAGCUCAACGACGCCGUGACCGAGGAGACCAUCCAAAAGAUCCAGGAGCAAGUCAGGGCGAAUUACCUGGUGCGGACGUUGGCCGACGAGCCGCUGAGCACGGUGCGGAACUGCAGCACGGUCCAGCGUGAUGGGGCGUUCAGGUCCGGAGCUCAGAUUGUUUCUUCGGAUUUCCCGGCCGCGGGCAUGAGUGAGCGGUAUGACGGGUGCAAGUACGUCGUCGAGAUUGGGGGCGGCAAGGUGGCGAGGUGUAAUCCUGUCAAUCAGUGGGCGGGAUGUGUCGACGAGGAGCUCGAGUAA